GCGGCGGGGGGGGGGCGGCGGCGGCGGCAUGCAGCCAGGAAGCGCCGCCGUGACCUCAGGCGCCUACCGGGGAUCCGUCCUCCGUCAAGAUGGUCAGAGUGACUUCAUGCAGGGGGCCAUGGCCGCCAGCAACGGCGGCCAUAUGCUGAGCCACGCGCACCAGUGGGUCACCGCCCUGCCCCACGCUGCCGCCGCUGCCGCCGCUGCUGCCGCCGCCGCCGUGGAAGCCAGCUCUCCGUGGUCGGGCAGCGCGGUGGGCAUGGCCGGCAGCCCCCAGCAGCCACCACAGCCGCCGCCGCCGCCGCCGCAGGGCCCUGACGUGAAGGGAGGCGCUGGACGCGAAGACCUGCACGCCGGCACAGCGCUGCACCACCGCGGACCGCCGCACCUCGGGCCCCCGCCGCCGCCCCCUCACCAGGGACACCCUGGAGGCUGGGGGGCCGCAGCCGCCGCUGCCGCUGCCGCCGCCGCCGCCGCUGCCGCCGCUCACCUCCCGUCCAUGGCGGGCGGCCAGCAGCCGCCGCCGCAGAGUCUGCUGUACUCGCAGCCCGGAGGCUUCACGGUGAACGGCAUGCUGAGCGCGCCCCCGGGGCCAGGCGGUGGCGGCGGCGGAGCGGGCGGUGGAGCCCAAAGCCUGGUUCACCCCGGGUUAGUGCGCGGGGACACGCCCGAGCUGGCGGAGCAUCAUCACCACCAUCACCACCACGCGCACCCGCACCCGCCGCACCCGCACCACGCGCAGGGACCCCCACAUCACGGCGGCGGCGGAGCGGGGCCAGGACUCAACAGCCACGACCCGCACUCGGACGAGGACACGCCGACGUCUGACGACCUGGAGCAGUUCGCUAAGCAGUUCAAGCAGCGGCGCAUCAAGCUGGGCUUCACCCAGGCGGACGUGGGGCUGGCUCUGGGCACUCUGUAUGGCAAUGUGUUCUCGCAGACCACCAUCUGCCGCUUCGAGGCCCUGCAGCUCAGUUUCAAGAACAUGUGCAAGCUCAAGCCGCUGCUGAACAAGUGGCUGGAGGAGGCCGACUCGAGCACCGGCAGCCCCACCAGCAUUGACAAGAUCGCAGCACAGGGCCGCAAGCGCAAGAAGCGGACCUCCAUCGAGGUUAGCGUCAAAGGCGCGCUGGAGAGCCACUUCCUCAAGUGCCCUAAACCCUCGGCGCAGGAGAUCACCAACUUGGCCGACAGCCUGCAGCUGGAAAAGGAGGUCGUGCGGGUCUGGUUCUGCAACCGACGCCAAAAGGAAAAACGCAUGACGCCCCCUGGCAUCCAGCAGCAGACGCCGGACGAUGUCUACUCGCAGGUGGGGACCGUGAGCGCUGACACACCGCCACCGCACCACGGGCUGCAGACCAGCGUGCAGUGAAUGCCGGGGCGCAGCGCGAAGUGGGCCGCCGCCACCACCUCCGCAGCCGCUGUCAGCACCGCCACGGUCACCGCCGCCGCCGUCUCUGAGCCGCCGCCGAGAACCACCGCCGC